UUCUGAAACAACAAGCAACCGAAGAUUGGUAGGAACUGUUCUCCUUUGUCCGCUUUUCCUACUUUAAAUAUUUUUGGUUGGCGGUUGCAUAGCUCAUUAUUCGACUAUGAGUUAAAGUGUAGCAGAGAAUUGUCACUAGAAGCCCCAGCUAGCGUAGAAAAUGGUUUCGUACGUGGCGUCGCGAGUUAUCAUGCUCGUGUUUGGAACUCUGUAUCCAGCGUAUUCUUCAUAUAAAGCUAUCAAGACAAAGAAUGUCCGUGAAUAUGUGAGAUGGAUGAUGUACUGGAUAGUUUUUGCUCUAUUUAUUACACUAGAACUCUUUGCUGAUCUUCUACUUGGAUUUUGGUUUCCCUUCUAUUAUGAAAUUAAGAUAAUAUUCAUGCUUUGGCUUUUGUUACCAGCAACAAAGGGAUCCAGCAUUCUUUAUCGCAAAUUUGUGCAUCCAUGGUUAUCUCGCAAUGAAAAGGACAUUGACAGUUACAUUGCACAGCUGAAAGAGAGUGGAUAUGACACAUUCUUGAGAGUCAGUAAAAAUAGUCUGUCCAUUGCUGCUGACACUGUGAUAAAGACUGCUGCUACGGGUCAAACCGUCCUGGCUGAGAAGCUACGUCAUUAUGGCACUGAUGUAACAGACAAUAGACAAGCCAGACUUCGCAAGGCUAAGUCAUGGUAUGGUGGAAUGAAUUCAACAGACAAUGAUUAUGAGCCAAUCGACGAAUCUGAAGAAUUUAGUCUCAUAGAUGAGAGAGAAGAGGAGGAAGAGGAGGAUUCAGCCAAUCCUGACCCAGAGAGUGAAAAGUUAAGGGAUGAGUUGAAGGAGAAUCCAGAAGAAACUAAAACUAAAGGAAUGAAAAGAGCUUCUUCAUAUGGUUCAAACAUUAAUAGGUCAUCAACUCUUCCUCGUUCACAUGGGAGACCCUCAAACCGUCCAGGAGUUCAUGGCUCAGGCUAUGAUCAUUUUGAGUCAACUACUCUUCCAAGGCAGUAUGAGCAUUCCAGCUCUAGAAGUCAGCCCAGACGAAGCCAGAGGAAUAGAAAGCCACGUACUCUUCCUGUCGUUCCAAAUACAUCAUAUGAGUGUUAGUUAAUGACAAGGAAAUGGCAUCCUGUUUAGAAGACCUCUUGAAUGUCAUGUUGGUGUACAUAUUUUAAUUAUUCACUUUUUAGGGCUUGCGCAAAAUUAUGGAUAGAGUUUACUUUUCUCUUUGUUUGGUUGUUUUUGCUUUGCUGCUAAGGAAAGUCAAGAUGUAAAGAAGUUAUUCUAAAUUUUGCACAGAUAUGUCUAAAUGGCUGGUCUACCAGAUAGAAAGUAGGUCUGCAGUAGUAGAACUGCAUUCUCAAAUACCAAUUAUAACUGUUCAUAAUUAUGAUUGAUUAUAUUGGAUUAUUCAUUUUUGAAUCUAAAAAAAAUUGCAAUCCUGGGAAGGUGUUUUUAAAUGUAGCAUAGGUAUUUAAUUUAGAUCAGAUUGAUAUUGCUUUCACCAAUUGUUGGCUUGGAAAUAUGGGAAUGGUUGGGAGUUUCCUUCCCCACAGGCAUUGUAACAUAAUAGCUUUAUACAAAUGUUCCUUAUCAAUGUAUAUACUUGCUACUGAGAUGUUUCUAUUUUGUACUAUACUUACUGGUAGUCUUUGUGAUAAACUUGAGUUGCACUUCCUAGCUUACUAAAUAAUGUUUAAGACAUUCUGUAAAGUCUGUAUCAACCCACCCCUUUCCUUGUUAUGAGCUCCCUUGCACUAAUUAGCUCCCCUCCUUGUGAAGACCUGAAAUUUACCUACCAUGCUUUACUUUUAUUUCCCUCCCAUCUUUAGUAUGGUUAGGUAGUUCAUUACACAAUCACAUAUGAAAUGCAUAAACCUCUUUGCAGACUGACUUUAUGAAUCCUUUUUGACCCAUUUGGUAAAUUGUUUUUUGACAAGAAAUGAGGCUAGGUUUUCUUUUGUACUCUAAUGAAGAUGGGUGAAAUAUUUGUCAUUGCCCAGGAGAUCCCAGAGUAUUGUAGUCUGAUUGGUUGAGGAUGUUGUUAUAUCUGGCCUUAACCGCCCCAUGCAAAGUGACUGAAAUACUUAAGCAAUAAACUCAACCUCAGUAUUCUGUGAUGUUGCAAAAGGAGAAAAAAGGGAAAAUGCAAUUGUGCUAAUUAUCACUUGAGUACUUAUACUUAACGAAGAAGUUAUUCUCCCUAGGCUUAGCAAACAUUUACACUGAACAUCUUCCACUUUGUCUGAGGGAUUAUUGGACAAUAUUCACUUUGCAUUCAGCGAUGGUUUUGUUUAAACCCAGAUUGUUGCUUACUUUAAUGCAGUUGAAAAUGGACUUCUUUCCUGUAUAUACAAACCAUUCCCCUCCUCCCUCUCCAACAGUAGUACUUCUGAUAUCACUUAUGGAAUUUAAAAAUAUUUCAGUUAAGGUUGUAUUUUUGUUUAGGUAUUAAAAUAUGGUUUUAUGUCAUGGGUUGUAAAUAUUAACUCUACUUGUUUUUAUUUUGACAAUGCCUCUACAUAUUUACAGUUAACAAUAAAAGAGUGAACCAUAAA